AUGGCGACCAACGGCAGGCUCCGGGACCUGCUCAGUCGCUUCACCUCCAAAUCCGAGGGCUGGGCCGCCGUCGCGCCCUCCCCCGCCGGCACGGACUUCGCCGAUUUUGCCCAGAUUUUCUCUGAGUUCGCGUCGGCGAAGGACCCGUCCCUGGCGUCCGACUACAGGGACCCCGCGUCGCUGCGGGAGGCGCUGGCGGCCGCGCUGCCGGGAUGGAACGCGGCGCGGGGGCCCCCGGACGGGCCGGACGGCCAACUGGCAGUGGAGCUCAAGGGCAGGAACAUCAGCAAUGUUCAGAUCCUGCGCGGCCACCGGGAGUCGGGGGCGCGCUCCAGGGACGCCAGGCCGCGGGAACACGGCUGGCGCAACGGCGAGGACAGAGACAGGCUGCGGGGCCACCGCUCGGAGCGGGAUGCGCACAGGUCGCGUCCAAGGGAGGACGGGCAUGAGGGCUGGGGGCGCGAGCGGUGGGCGGAGAGGGGCCGGCGGGAGGAGGGUGGGUGGCGCAAGCGGAGGGGGGAGGGCGAGCGGGCGGAGCGGGGCCAGAGGCGGAGGACCGGGGAGUCGGGGGAGUACGACUUUCCAAGGCACAGGUACGACGACUAUGAAAAAGACAUCCACGACGCACCCACGGAUCCCGAAGAGGUGUGCAUCAAGGCGGAGAUGCCCGUCCGCAGGGACCUGGCUGGGGCAGUGAUUGGACACCGUGGUGAGACAGUCUCAAGGAUAAGGCGCAUCUCGGGAGCACAUGUCCACCUUUGUGAGCCGCAGCAUGGAGAAUCGGAAAGGGUCGUGGAACUGAUCGGCACCAGGGUCCAGGUUGAGGCAGCCUGCAAGGAGGUGAGAGCGGUGAUGAUGGAAGAGGCAGGAGAAUGGACGAUGGAGCAUGGAUACAUCUCUCGAGCAACCAUCCAGCUGCACAUCGCUCCUGAGAUGGUCGGGUGCCUCAUAGGGAAGGGGGGUGGGAAUGUGAAAAACAUCAAGAGCAGCACAGGAGCCUCUGUCAGAGUCGAUCAUCUUGUUGAGGGCGAUACUACUCAGACAGUGCACAUAUGUGGAGAUCCAGAUGCCGUGUUGCGUGCACACACGAUGGUGAUGGCAACAUUGAGAGGCUUCGACCAGAGGAAGUCUCGUCUGGGACGGACACCAGUUGGGCCACCCCAGUUGAGUGAACAGCAGCACCACCAGGCUGAACCAGGGGAGAUAUUGCCAACACCAACGCCCAUGACAAACGCACGCUCUGCGGCUGCAGCUGCAGCUGUGGCUGCGGCUCUUAAUAGCUCUGCGACUGCUGCUCUUAAUGGUUCUGCGACUGCGGCCCUUAAUGGCUCUGCGACUGCGGCUCCGGCUCUUAACGGGGCUGGAGUUCCACAACCGAUGGUCAACAUGGCCCCUCUUGGAGGGCUGCCUGCCGAUGGCACCCAGGUCGUUCAGCAGAUGCCAGCGAAUGCAGGCCUAUCAGUAGGUGCUCAAUUUGUGCUUCAAACUCCACAAGGUGGCGCCACCCCUCCUCCCACGGUCCUUGUCCUCCAGCCUGAUGGCACAUACCUCCCUGCACCUGUGGUCCUGCAGACAAUGGCAGGGAUGCAGCAACCAUCAUCCCUGCAGGCAGCAGGCUUGGCACCCGCCAACGUGCAGCAGGCAACCUUGCCCAACACGUCCAUGGGUCUGGCCCAAAUCCAAACGAACACCAUCGAGUCCGCCAUGGUCACCACCAGCCAGCCCAUGCAAUCCAGCCAGUUCGAGCAAGGCUUCAACGGCCAAUUGGCAGGCAACCUCCAGCAGCCCACCAUUCAACCACAACUCACAAACUCGAUCCAGGCUGCCAGCGUUCAAACAAGUGUGGUGGGAGAUGCUGUCAGCAUGCCCCUCCAGGUGGCAGUCACUACAGAGGGACUCAUGCUCCCAAUGCAGGCUGGUGGCCUUGCGCCUGGCAUGUACAGCGGUCUGAACGGGGAUGGGUCGACGUCAAUGGUGGUGAUUGGUGAGGACGGCAACCCACAAGCACUGCCCUCUGGCUAUGCAGCACUGGCAUCUCUGUCCGGGAUGCAGGCAAUACAGAUGGCCCCCGGGGCAGUGAACAUGGCACUGUCUAUGAACACUGAGACCCCGCAGCAAGUCCAGAAUGUCCCAAAUGACAAAGCCGCCGUGUAG